AUGCGAAAGUGGGUGCAACAGCGGUUUGCCAAGCCGGCGAAGGACCGCUCUUGCGAACAGCGCACGAUUCAGCUCGGUGACCCGCAUGGCCGCACCAACUUCUGCGACAACCGCAUCUACAGCUCUCGGUACAACAUCUUUACUUUUCUGCCGCUGAACCUGUGGGAGCAGUUUCACCGCCCCAUCAACAUUUACUUUGUGUUGGUCGUGGCGCUGCAGUUCAUUCCCUCUGUGGCGCCAGUCAGCCCCCUCACGACCAUCUUCCCCAUCACCGUCGCAUUCCUCGUCAACACCGUGAAGGAGGGCAUCGACGACCUGCGCCGCCAUCGGCAGGAUGUUGAGGUGAACGAGCGCGUGUACCAGCGCGUGCGGCCCGGCACACUAAAGUUGGAGGAUGUGAUGAGCGCCGACAUCCGUGUCGGCGACGUUCUCAUUCUGCAUCCCUUUGAGGUUGUACCGAGCGAUGUGGUGAUUCUGCUGACCUCGCAUGACGGCGGCAGCGCAUACAUUACAACAGAGUCGCUUGACGGUGAGACCGGCUGGAAGCAGCGGUUUGCGAUCAUGCAUCAACUAUUCAGGUACUCCCAGGCCGCCGCCUCGCCCGUGCCGUCUCUGUCGCAUUGUGAUGGCCCGACCUUCAGGGCGACAGCAGCGCCUGACAGCGACGCAGCCGGCGUGCACGCCUCGACAGAAAAGACAAUGGGGGAGUUCACAGAUGCUCAGGUAUGGGACUCGCGGCGCUGCUGUGGCACAGCCGAGGAUCACCAAUUGCACUGCCUCCGGUACGCCUUCUGCUCUCGCCUGGUGCUGUGCUCUGAGGGUCCGAAUGCGCAGCUGCACUCAUACCACGGAGCCGCCACGGUGCGUGCGCCGCGCAGCUCAUCGCAGACCUGGAGGGAGAGCUGGCCGUCGAGAAGCAGUAUCGGUGGUACUGCCGGUGAUGCGGUGAAAGCAGGAGGCGCGGCCCCAGAGUCGCCGCCUGGCUGCUGUUACGGGUCCUUUCCCGCUCCAGCGGCGCUGCCGAUAUCAGCGGACCUGGGCGAGGCAUUUCCGUGCCAUCUUCCGAUGCCGGGGAUGGUGCCGCUCCCUCUCCGCCAGCGCGCAACCCGUACGCCAUACUCAAAGGUUGUAGACUCUUUUCCGUCUAUUGUCGAAGAGCGCAGCCGUCUUCUGGAGUCAGAUGGCCCAUCGCAGGCGAGUGCUCUGCCUCGCCAGUCCUCAUCGGAGAGGCAGGCAGGCGCAUACGACUACUUUGACGGCCCGGAGCAGACCCUCUCCGUUACCAUCGACAACGUUGUGUACUCGUCAAGUCGCAUCGGCAACACGCACUUCGUCAUCACCCUUGUCGUCUUCACUGGCCGUGAGACAAAGAUGAGCAUGACGCGCAACGUGCUGCCGAGCAAGUGGGCCACGAUUGACAACCGCUUCAACUACCUGACGGUGCUAAUCUUUCUGGUGCAGUUCAUCCUGGUGUCGACGUGCGCCUUUGUCUCCUGCUUGCAUCUCAAGGCCCACGCCCCGCUCUGGUACCUCGGCGGCUCGGUAGACCCGGUGAAGGCCAGCGAGUACUUCCCCAUCCUGCCGCUGCGGUACCUGAUGAUGCUGUCGCCGAUGGUGCCACUCUCCUUCAAGGUGAUGGUCGAGGUCUCAAAGGCGUACGUCAGCUACGUCAUCCGUUGGGAUGAAGACAUGCGCACCGAGGUGGAGUCCGUGUCGGUAAACAACUCCGCCCUGGCCGAAGAGCUGGGGCAGGUUGAAUACAUCUUGUCUGACAAGACGGGGACACUCACCGCGAACACCAUGACCUUCCGUGCCUUGGCCACCGCCGACGACACCGUCUUCUCCGCAACCACCGAGGACUUUAUAGAGUCGGACCUGCACCGCCCCCUGGCAGAGGUGGGCAAAGCCAUCAAGGCAACGACGGUGCGUGGCCAGCACGAGGACUACUACCUCAUGCUCAGUAUGGUCUUCUGCAACACAAUCGAGCCAACGCUGUCACUGCAGUUUAGCGCGAACGGCAGCGUGGCUUACGGCGCUCGCAGCACCCGCAGCAGUGGAGUCAGCACAAACGGCAACGCGUCCUUCUCAAGUCGCUGGAUGUCCUCAUCACCGGAUGAGGUGGCCCUCGUUGAGGGCGCUGAGCAGUGCGGCUUUCCUCUGCGUCAGCGCAGCCGCACCCACGGAACGGUUGGGCUCUGGGGCGAGGCUGGUGCGCUCCUGGAGGUGGAGGUGGUGCGCACGCUGCCCUUCAGCUCCGACCGCGGCAUGAUGAGCGUGCUAGUAUGCUGCCCCGCUGUGGCCGUGAAAAGUGCAGAGGCGGAGGUCAGCGACACCGCCAACGAGGGUAGCGCUUUUUCACCCAUGAGCUAUGUGCUGCUGAUCAAGGGUGCUGACGAAAAGGUGCUGCCGCGCUGCACGGACGCCUACAGCCGUUCCCACCGUGAGGACAUCGCGAACCGCCUCGCCGGCUUCUCACGCGAAGGACUGCGCACGCUCGUGUACGGAUACCGUAUCGUGGCGGAUGAGGAGGUCAAGGAGGCACUGCGCCGCUUCGCCGCGGUAGAGGCAGGCUUCGCCUCCGCUAUAGUUCGCGAGGCGGAACUGCAGCACAUUUACGCCCUGCUCGAGCACGACUUCACGUACUGCGGGAUGACAGCGGUGAAGGACGAGCUGCAGGAAGGGGUGCCGCAGACGCUUACUCAGCUUCGCCAUGCCAAUAUACGGGUGUGGAUGCUGACGGGUGACAAGACAGAGACGGCAAAGCAGACGGCGGUCGCGUGCGGGCUGCUGACGUCCGCCGACCGCGUCAUCACGCUCACGCCGCCCAACGAGGAUCUGCUGACGCCGGAGGAUCACCUGGCAUAUGUUUCGGAGAAGCUCUUCGAAAUAAAGGGGCUCUUGGUGCAGGAGGGAUCCGCGGCGGAGAUGACGAUGCUGACGCGCUGGCAGAAGGUGCGCGGGUGGUGCCGCCGCUUCUUCUUUGAACGCUCCGGUCUCGAAGAUUUUGUGCACGAGUUCACGCAGCCGGCGACGUGCGAGCGCAUUCGCCCUGUUGACCACCCUCUCCUCACGCAGCCGCUGAGCGCCGUGCAGUCUCGCUAUGGCCCAGUAAGCCAGUCAGUCACGGACAUGGUGCCAAGGGUGUGCGGUGCGGCGCGCCGGGAACCUGGCUUGCACUUCGCCUCCGCCUUCAGCGCUUGCUCUGAGGUCGACACGUGUGGUCUAGCGCGAGGCUACUGCGUUACGCUCUCUGGCAAGACGCUCCGUCUGCUGGAGAGGGAGGAUGUCACGUCGCAUGGUCAUAGCCCGGUGUUGCACCUCUUCCAGCGGUGCCUGUUGCAGGCGCGCGCGGUUGUGUGUAGCCGAACCGCUCCCUCUCUCAAGUCGUACGUGGUGGACCUUGUGCGGCGCUCUGGCCACAUCACGCUCGCGAUAGGGGACGGUGGCAACGACGUCCCCAUGCUGCAGGCGGCGCACGUCGGCGUCGGUGUGAAAGGGCGGGAGGGGAGCCAGGCGAAGCUCGCGUCCGACUUUGCGAUCGGCCAGUUCCGCUUCUUAUCAAAGCUGAUUCUCGUGCACGGGCAUACCGCCUAUCAGCGCACAGCCAUGAUUGUGCAGCAGAGCUUCUGGAAGACGGUGCUCAUUGCGUGGGUGCAGGUGCUCUUCAACGUGUACACCGAUUUUUCCGGCGUGUCCUACUGGGAUUCGCUUAGCCUCACCUUGUACAACGCCAUCCCCACCGUCCCCGUGACGUUUCUGUGCGUGAUGGACAUACCUCUCUCGCACUGGCUCCUGUGCACGACAACGCAGCUCUACACCAUGUCCCAACGCGGCCGGUACUUCAACGCCACCACCUUCUACGGCUAUGUUGCCCGAGCGCUUCUGCACGGAACCAUGGUGUACUACUUCUCCGCCGCGCUUCAGCGCGGCGCUGGGGCGAUCAUGACGAAUGGAUGGGUGCUCGACCGCAGCUGCGACUUUUACGCGCCGUACAUCGCUGUCGUGACGGUGCACACUUACACGGUGUGUACGGAGUCUCACGCCAUCACGAUCGCGCACUGGUUCUGCUUUCUCUUCUCUAUCUGGACGUGCUUCCUCAGCUUCUGGCUGUACGCGCGCGCACCGGCGUCGCCGAAUGAGACCUUCUCGGUGCUCCUCCGGAACCCAUCCUUCUACUUGUCGUACCUGGGUCUGUUCACCUCCGUGUGCGUGUCGCUCGCCAUCUAUGCUAUACCGAAGUUGCUGUGGUUCCCCGAUACCCUGCAGCUGGAGAGGCUGCUGCUGGUGCAUGUGCGGCGGACGCGCGCGUGGCACCGCGACUUGCCAGUCCAUGUCCUCCGCACCUUCUUCCAGGAGGACAAUCCCUCACACUUUUGGAAGUCCAUUUCGCUUUAUCACGCGCUGCGCUACUCUCCGCCUCCGCGGCAAACCUUCACUGUCGCGGCGGAUUAG